GCUGGUAUUUCUGCUGCCUCAAAUGUCAUUGUCGCUAAUAACAAAAACUUUGAUGAUAUUGUUUACAAAUCAGGUAAGAACUCAUUAGUGGAAUUUUAUGCAUCAUGGUGUGGACAUUGUAAGAAUUUAGCACCAGUUUAUGAUGAAUUAUCAGAUGUUUAUUCAAAGACCAAAGAUGUUCAAAUUGUAAAGAUUGAAUGUGAUGAAAAUAGAGCAACUUGUCAACAAUUUGGUAUUAAAGGAUUCCCAACUUUGAAAUUUUUCAAAAAAGGUGUUGAUACCCCUGUUGAAUAUGAAGGUGGCCGUGAUUUAGAUUCUUUUAUCAAAUUCAUUGGUGAGAAUACUGAUUCUUAUGUUUACAUUCCAAAAGUCCAAUCAAAUAUUGUUCAAGUUUCUGAUUUGGAUUUUGAUAAAACUUUAUUAGAAAGUGGAAAGAACGUUUUCGUUGUAUUUACAGCAUCAUGGUGUGGUCAUUGUAAAAAUUUACAUCCAACUUGGGAAAAAUUGGCAGAUUUGUUUGCAAAUGAUAAAGAUGUUAUCAUUGCAGAAGUUUCUACCACUGAUUCACCUGCUGAAGAAUUACAAGAAAGAUAUGGUAUAAGUGGAUUCCCAACUAUUUUAACAUUUGAAGCCAAUUCUAAAAAUCAUAUUCCUUUUGACUCUUCAAGAAAUUUAGAAGGUUUAGUUGAUUGGGUUAAUAAACAUACUGGAAUUCAUAGAAGUGUUGAUGGUGGAUUAUUACCAAAUGCUGGACGUAUUGAAGAAUUGGAUUCUCAAAUUACACAAUUGAUUAAAAGUGCACCAACUAAGGCAAAUGAAUUAGCCACUGAUAUUUUAAGUUCAAUUAAAGAUGGUGAAAGUAAAUCAAGUGAUUAUUAUAGAAAAUUAUUAAAUAAGAUCAUUAAUGGUGAAGAAUCAUUUUUCGAUAAAGAAAUUAAAAGAAUUUCUAAAAUUUUAUCAAAUAGUAAAAAUUUAUCAAAAGAUAAGAUUGAUAAUUUACAACAAAGAUUAAACAUUUUACAAGUUUUC